GUUCAUUUUCAUUCCACAUCCUUACAGUACCUACUUGUAUACCAUUCAUCUAAUUGUGAACAGUUACGUACAGUAUCAAACAAUGUUUUCUCGACUCUGUGAAAUAGUGAUGUCAUAGCUGCGAAUUUGUGUCCUCAGCGUAGGAUAGCGAUAUUAAAUUUCCUACAUUUGUACUUCAACGAUUUUUAAAAUAUUGUCAACAGUUGAGAGAGAAGAGAUAUCACAUGUUUUCCAUUUAUUGAGUGACAGUUAUCUGUUCGCGCAGAGUGUAUUUCUACUGUCUGAGACGAUUCAAUAGGCAAGGAUGGAUGUUAAUGUUAAAAGAAUUUCAAUCUACUGCUUUUUGGUAUUGAUACCUGGAACGCUGGGUGUGAAAAACGUUAAAAUCAUUGUACCGCCAAUUGUGAGGUCCGGAGAUACAGUAUCACUCACGUGUCUGUACGAUCUGGAGAAAGGCCCACUUUAUACUGUUAAAUGGUAUCUGAAUGACCAGGAAUUCUAUCAAUAUGUACCAAAAGCUGAACAACCCCAAAAUAGUUAUCUCAUUUGGAAGGACAUGAAAAUUGACGUUUCAAAAUCAGACAGCCACGACGUGACCCUCUUCAAUGUAUCCAGAGAGAUGACCGGAUUCUAUAAAUGUGAAAUCACUGAAGACUACCCUUCAUAUCACACGGCCAUACUCGGCGGACGAAUGCAAGUAGCAGUUGUUCCAGAGGACGAUCCAGUACUAAUCCUUGGACGACGUCGUCUAUCGCCUGGUGACACAUUAAGAGCUAAUUGUACAUCGGGAGCAGGUUCCCCCGCCCCGAAUAUCACGUGGACUAUUAAUGGUAGCCCGAGAAACGACUCAUUGAUUAGUCGAAGAGAGAUCUUAGAAACGAAUCACAUGUGGGAAAGCACGUCGGACUUGGAAUUGAAACUCUCUAGUGAGCAUUUCCAAGAUAGUCAACUUCGAUUGCGUUGUUUCGUUUCUAUAGAUGGCGUCUAUACUUCCACAGCGGAGACAGUAAUUACCGAGGACAAGCCAUUAAUUGCCUCCAUAACUGGUGAUGCAUCACCCCACAGUCACCGUGCUAACGGAUGUGAUGCAACAUUCUGGAUACCUCAAUCUGGAGCGUACCUAAGGGGAAGAGAAUUUUCCCUCGCAGUAUCCAUCCUCCUGCUCAGUGACUUAUGCAGAUAGCUCAAGUUCUGAUUGAAAAAUCACUGACAUCGUCCAUGUAAACCUAGUAGUCUAGGGCUUCCAGUUACAAAUAUAUGAAGGGAAUGAUAUGUAUGGAGUAGAUAGAGAAUGAUUUUCAUUAAAUAAUUGAGUAAAACUGGUCAUAUGUAUGACGACGAAUUCUCAUUGAAUGAUUCAUUGAGACCGCAAGGGCGGCAUAACGAUACAAUAUGUUAGGAAACAAAGUGAUAAAAACAGUUUACUUUCAAGCAUGUUAUCUUUUGAUGUAAAUUGUUGACAAAGCAUUAAUAAAGUAAGAAAACACGAUGGUAAGUUA